AUGGGUUUUAGAAGAACAUCGUUGCUUUUGUGCAUUCUUUUCAUCUUUCAUCUUCAGCAAAAUUCCCUUUCCGUAAGCUCACGACCUUCCUCGGUUGAUACGAACUACGAGACUCUUCCUUCCGAUGUCUCGGAGCCACUCGUUGUUGGAAAGUCUCGGGAAUUAGCUGUCGUUAUCAAGAAAGGAUUUAGUGGAGGAGGACGUGGCGGCGGCGGCAGCAGCAGGGGAGGAGGAGGUGGCGGUAGCAGUAGCAGCGUGAGAGGAGGAGGCGGCACUAGAAGCCGAUCACGCGGCGGGGCAGGUGUGAUUGCAGCAGGUGGAUCACAUUCACGUCAUUCAAGCGGCAGCACGAGUCUUGGAGUGGAAAUGCGUGUGGUCGGCUGGUUGGGUUUAUCGGUUUUAGCCGGUUUAUUCUUGGUUUAG